AUGUUAAGUAAUUUUAUUGGAUUUCCAAACCUUACAAAUGUUUAUCCUUCUUCCAAUAGUGCCAGUGUUGAUGCCAUUGUAGGUGGAUAUGAUAUUCCAAAGGGAACUGAGAUAAUUGCUAAUUUCUGGGCUGUUCAUUAUGAUCCCGAAUACUGGGAAGAACCGGAAAAGUUCAAACCAGAAAGAUUCCUUAUUGAAGAAAAUGGGAAGUUAACUACGACUAAGCCUGAAAGUUAUAUUCCAUUUUCAGUCGGUAGACGCAACUGUCCCGGAGAACUGGUUGCUCUUAUUGAACUCUUACACUAUUUUGUAGUAAUCCUGCAGAAUUUCAAUUUGCUGCCAGAAGCCGAUGACAAACCUCCGGAUGUAAUUGGAGAAGUGGGAAUCAGCUAUCACAGCAAACCACAGAAUCUACGUUUUGUGCCGAGAGAUUAAACAAUCAAAAAGAUGACGGCAUCAUUUCCAUUGAACUGGUUUUCGAAAACAAUGCUUUGAAAUCGAAGCUCUGAUGAAUGAAUUUCAAUUAACUAUCUAAGCAUAUACAUAUCUUUCAUUUUUCUCCGAAUCGUAUCAUCCAACUAUAAAAUUGUCUAAUAAAACAUAUAGUUGAAAAAUGUCAAAUUAAAAGUUCGAUUAAAAACUGGUUCGUUGAACUGGUUUUCGAAAAUAAUGUUUUGAAA